UCCUUCCACACCCUCCUACAGUCUUUACACGGCCACCAUGGAUUUGGUAACUCCACUUCCCUCCUCCCACCCUCCUCCGCCCCCUUGCCAGAAACUCGGAGGAUGGCGUGCCGUCAAAUACAUUAUCGGGAACGAGUCUUUUGAGAAGCUGUCAUCCAUGAGUUUGAUAUCUAAUAUCACAGUGUAUCUCAGCACCAAAUAUAAUGUCAAUGGAAUUUUUGUGGUUAAUGUGGUUAACAUUUGGAUUGGAACCUCAAAUGUUGCCACUUUAGCCGGUGCUUUCAUUGCAGAUACUCGUCUUGGCCGCUACCGCACCCUCCUAUAUGGCUCCAUUGCAUCAUUCUUGGGGAUGGGGACUGUUGCUCUCACCGCAGCUCUCCACCAGCUCAGACCUCCUCAUUGCAAUGUUGAAGAUUCAGGCCAUUGCCCACAGCCACAUCUUUGGCAGCUCCUAGUUCUAUUCACCGGUCUCGGUCUGUUGUCGAUUGGCGCUGGUGGUAUUCGUCCCUGCAAUGUUGCAUUUGGAGCUGAUCAAUUCGACACCACCACAGAAAAGGGAAAGUCUCAAUUAGAAAGCUUCUUUAAUUGGUGGUACCUUUCUUUCACCGUCGCACUACUUAUAGCUCUCACUGGUGUUGUUUAUGUUCAAACUAAUGUAAGCUGGACCCUCGGAUUUGCCAUUCCCACCAUUUGUUUCUUCAUCUCCAUCUCGAUUUUCUUGCUGGGUCGGCAUACUUACAUCAUCGUUAAGCCCAGAGGAAGCAUGCUUAAGGAUGUGGCUAGGGUCAUUGUAGCUGCCUAUAGAAAACGAGGACAUUCGAUUUCAUCCAGCUCGUUUUAUGACUCGCCAAUGGAGGAUUCUACAUGUGGGGAAAAGCUUAUUCACACAGAUAGGUUCAAAUGGCUGGAUAGAGCUGCGAUUAUAGUAAAUCCAGAAGAGGAAUUGGAUGAACAGGGAAAACCCAAAAAUUCAUGGAGAUUAUGCAGUUUACAGCAAGUGGAAGGAUUCAAAUGCCUAGUGUCUAUACUUCCCGUUUGGAUAUCAGGAAUUGGGUGUUUCAUAGUAUUCAAUCAACCAAACACAUUUGGGAUUCUUCAAGCAAUGCAAUCAAACAGAUCAAUCGGAUCCCAUUUCAAAUUCCCACCCGGGUGGAUGAACUUAGCCGGUAUGAUAGCUCUAUCUAUAUGGAUCAUAAUCUACGAGAGGGUUCUCAUCAAACUAGGAAAGAAAAUGACCGGAAAAGAAAGAAGACUUACAAUGGAGCAGAGAAUCACAAUAGGGAUCGUCCUGUCGAUUCUGAGUAUGAUCACCUCAGGGGUCGUCGAGAAACAUCGAAGAGACGCUGCUUUGAAAAACAAAUUGUUCAUUUCACCAACAAGUUUCGCGUUGCUGUUACCGCAACAUGUUCUCACUGGUUUAAUGGAGGCAUUUGCAUUGGUAGCCAUGAUGGAGUUCUUCACAAUGCAUAUGCCGGAACAUAUGAGAACAGUUGCAGGAGCCAUCUUCUUCCUCACAAUCUCAGUAGCGAGCUACUUAAGCUCUUUGAUAGUUGAUGUGAUAAAAAAAGUGAGUGGGAAAAUUGCAAAAUCGCCAUGGGUAGGGGGACACGACCUAAACCAUAAUAGACUUGACUACUACUAUUUCACAAUCGCCGUGAUCGAAACACUGAACCUACUGUACUUCGUGUUCUUCGCAAGGCGUUUUGUGAGAGGUUACGAUGAUAAAGUGAAGUUGACGGAAAAUGGUCGUCGGAAUGAUUUGCCGGUGAAGGAUGAAGAAUGUUGA